GGGGGGUAAUAUGGUAAAAUUGGAAGUUUUUUAAAUUAUAAGCCGAAAAAUGCCAAGUAGCCUUGGAGAUUUAAACUUGGGGGUGAGGGGUUCUAGAAAGACGUGGCAGGUUGUGAUAGGAUGAGGUUUGAGUAAUGACAAUUUCGAAACUCGAGGCCUGCGAUGAUCAAGUUUUUAAAUUCCAAACACUUCACACACACAGUGAGAGAGAGAGAGAGAGAGAAUGGGGGAGGUGAAGACGACGAAGGAAUCGUCGCACUGGUGGUGGGUGGACAGCGACAACGGCACCAACAUCGACACCACCCCAAGACGCUCUCGAUGGCUUCGCUCCACCCUUGCAGAGCUAGAUGAGAAGACCAAGGCUAUGCUAAGGAUAAUUGAGGAAGAUGCAGAUUCCUUUGCCCAACGUGCAGAGAUGUAUUACAAGAAGCGGCCAGAGCUCAUUAGCAUGGUUGAGGAUUUUUAUCGGGCUCAUCGUUUAUUAGCAGAGAGAUAUGAUCAAGCCAAGUCUGAUACUGGAUUUCGUCUCAUUACACCAUGGGCAUCCCCAUUGUCUUCCAAAUAUCGACAAGAGAAGUCGAUGACCUGCACUGAUAAAUCCUAUGAUAGCUACUCUGAGAUUGAUGACCCCGUAGAAUCUGGUGAGUCUGAGGUUGAUGACCCUGUAGAAUCUGGUGAGUCUGAGGUUGAUGACCCUGAAGAAGAAAAAUAUCAAAUUGACAAAGAAAUGGAGAAAGACGAAGUUUCAAGCGAGGUCGUCAAUGAUGAGGUUAUGAAGCUUAGGCAAGAAAUUAAGAGACUCAAAGAGGAGAACAAGUCUGAGGUAGAUGACCCCGAAGAAGAAAAAUAUCAAACUGACAAAGAAAUAGAGGAAGAAGAAGUUUCAAGCAAGGUUGUCAAUGAUGAGGUUGUGAAGCUUAGGGAAGAAAUUGAGAGACUUGAAGAGGAGAACAAGAUUCAAAAGGAACAACUAGCGGAGAAAGAUGAAGAGAAAAGAGAGGUCAUAAGACAGCUCAGUCUAGCCACGGACGCGCUUAAGGAUGAGAAUAUGAAUCUAAGGAAGUUUAUUGCCAAAGAAUCCCCCAAGAAACAGAGCCUCUCUGAGUUCGAUAAAUUGAAGGGAAUGUUUCUGGGGAAGUUCUUCAAUAAGUCUCCAAAAUCACGAGGUUAGGAUGUCUGUUGCUCCCUUUAUGUAGGUGACAUGUUAGCAAACUAACCGAUAGAACAUGGUUCAUCAGUACAUGUAUAUGAUUAAACUUAGUAAUUUACUCUUUAGUAAUUUUCUUUCAAUUCUGAUAUGCCUUAUUUUA